UCUUGCAGAGAGAGAAAGAGAGCAAAGAACAUUUGAUUUUAUUUUUUAUUUCCUUCCUCUGCUAAAAAGACGCAAUAAAAAGCAGUGUUUUCUUCUUCUUCUUCUGGCGCUUUCUGCAUACUACUGUUCCUUCAAGCACCUCCAUUCUCUCUUUCUUCUUAAAUAUUCUUCCUCCUCUUCAAACACAAGCUAUAUAAAAAAAGCUAACACCUUUGUCGCAGGAACAAGCUAAAACGGUGUCUCAUUUAUGGAGCAACACAACCCUCAACAACCCUCUAACCCCAUUUUGGACCACACUAGCUCUUUCAACAACAACACUAUCGUGCCGAACGAAGCAAAGGUGGCGGCGGUGCCUGAUUCUGGAGGUUCGGACUCGGUGUCAAGACCCGAAGCUGGAGGUUGGGAGCAGCAUCAUCAUGGAGUGGUGGUUGUGAAGAGGGGGAGAGGGAGACCUCGAAAGUACGUCGACACAGACGGCAGCGGGGGAGGGAUGAUGACGUCUCCGACGUCAGAGCCGCCGCCUUCGGGGUUUGCGGAAGCGGUAGCCUCCCAACUUGAGAGCCCUGCGGUGAAGAGGGGAAGAGGAAGGCCACGUGGUUCUGGAAAACUGCAGAUUCUGGCCUCCAUUGGUGGGUUUGUUGCAGAAACAGCUGGUGGAAGCUUCACACCUCAUGUGAUGAUUGUUGGUACUGGAGAGGAUGUGGUAAGUAGGAUAUUGUCAUUUUUCCAAAAAGGCCCUCGUGCUGUUUGCAUACUUUCAGCUACUGGUUCUGUGUCUAGUGUUGUAAUUCGCCAACCUGGUGGUCUAUUGAGAUAUGAGGGUAGGUUUGAGAUUUUAUCUUUAUCUGGAUCAUGCACCUACACCAAUGGCACUGGUAAUGCAUAUCGCAAAGAUGGCAUGUUGAGUGUUUCUCUUGCUAAACCUGAUGGCAGGGUUUUUGGUGGUGGCAUUGAGAACUCUUUGAUUGCUGCUGCCCCUAUUCAACUUGUUUUGGCCACUUUCAAGCAAAACAUCAGCAAUCAAAUCAAGAAGAGGUACUCAUCUGACCCUUCUUCUGAUGGUGUCCCUUAUGCUGCUGCUGCCGCUGUUGCUGUCAUGCCGGAUAUUCCAAAUUCCUCAAGGGGUAGCCACAAAGUUCUUAAGUUGUCAUUGCAAGAACAAAGUUUCCCUUUACCACCAGGAACAACAAAUGCAGUUCAAGAUGGUGUCACAAUUGUAACAACUAAUGACAUAGCAGAUAAUGUGACUCCUACAACAACUAAUGGGGUGUCAAAUAAUGUCAUUGCUGAAGAUCUCAACAUGCAUUCUUCUUCAAUCGAGGAUGCUAUUGACCUUGACCAAACAGCCUCACCAGCGGAUGUGGAUACUAAUUAAUGUUAUCUGCUAAAUGCUUUACAGAGUCUGAAAAGUUGAGUUGUUUAUCUAGUUUUUGUAGGUAACAGAGAACUAUUUAUGUGAUAUAAACAAAUUUAAAAAUUACAAAUGUUGUAAUUUGUUUUAUUUUAUCAACUUUGUUUAUGAUUGUUAAUGAUA